CGGCUCUUCAUCUCCCGUUGAGGGAUAAUUUCGCUUUUUAUAGGUUGUCAAUUCAAGAAUUUUGACUUUGCAUUUGCUGGAAAAAGGUCACCAUUAUUAGCCUGUGCUUGGUUGAUCGGGAAAAGUCAGUGUAAAGACAAAAACAACAACAUGUAAGGUUAUCGAGCCAACAAAGAGGGAGAUUAGUAAAACAAAAGCUGACAUACAUUAAAGGCUUCGUUUGCGAAACACAAAAGCCGAAAAUACCUCAAAGGCUUUUGGAAUACUGCGAGACAAAAAGUGUUUUGUAUAGAAAAAAAGAAAUAUUAACACUUAAAGUUUUUACAUAUACUGAUUUGAAGUAAUUAGAGAGCAAGAGAAACGGGAUGGCGUCGUUUCAACCUACAAACGUGAACAUUUCCAGAGACGAAAGUAUUUUAAAUUUUACAAAGUCCAGGAACACGGAGCCGACAAGAGAAGUUUUGACAGUGAUUCAAAUAACUUGUUAUUCCAUUAUUAUUGUAAUCGGAACGAUAGGAAACGUGAUGUUAGUAUUCGAUUUGGCUACCAAACAUUACCUCAAAACCAGCCAGUAUUUUAUUUUGAAUCUGGCUACAGUAGAUCUCUUAACUUGUGCACUGAGUAUACCGUUUGAUAUUAGCCUGGUCGUGCUGGGUGGUUGGCCAUUUGGUCCGGUAAUGUGCAGGAUCGUUUAUCCUCUUCAAACAAUCCUCAUAGCUGUUUCAGUGUUUACGUUGCUGUGUAUGGCAGUGGAGCGCCACCGUGCUAUUCUACACCCACUAAAGCCUAAGAUACCCGGGAAAGUUAUAAUGUUGGUGAUUCUGCUUAACUGGGUUAUAGCUACUGGUCUGGUGUCACCAUAUGCCGCCGCCCUUACGAUAAAGGACGGUCACUGUGCUGAAAAUUGGCCUAAUAACGAUCCAAGAUACCCCAAAGCCUUCAGUUUAUGUGUGUUCCUUAUAUUGUACUUGAGCCCGUUGUGCGUCAUUACAGCCGCAUACACUUUCGUGGGGAUAAGACUUCGUGCUAACAGUCACAAGGCGGAGCUUCUCGUUGGAACUUUAAGCUGCAAGAGCCGCUUGGCCAAGUCUCGAACACAAAGAAACAUCAGGAUCGUAAAAUUCUUUGUUUUAGCAGUGGUGGCUUUUGCUCUUUGUCUGCUGCCUUUUCAGGUCAUGUGGAUGUGGAGUGACUUUGGAAACGGCCAAGACUGGUCACAUUUCAAUGAAGUUCUUACGUUCGCUAACGUAAUGGCUUACGCAAACAGCGCGGUUAACCCGUACAUAUUUGGUGCUCUUGGCAGUAGGUACAACUCCUACAACUGUCUUCGUCAGAAAAAUCGCAAAGGGCGUUACUUUGCACGUAAUACAUUUCCAUUUCAUAGCUUCAUCAGGAAAAGACGUUCUACAGGAAACAAAAAGUUAUUAAAGUCGCCUGAGAUAAGUGUUAUAAAACGAAACAGUCCAACCCCUAAUGAAAACCGAAGUAGAGGAAACAGCAAUCUUACCAAUGCCUUAUUCGAAUCAUCAGUUUAAGAUCAAAAGUUCAUGGUUGGCCUAACAUACCUCUGUUUCGAUCCUGUAGAGAGUCAUCAGACUCUUGGCUGACUAGAUUGCAUUACGUUUUAAGUCCCGCCGGAGUCGAUAAGUGUAUC